AUGCGCCUCUUUAAGAGAAACAAGUCGCCGACACAUCAUCCAGUGCGAAGCGCCGAACAGCUGGUCCCCGCGUUGACUCCACACCCAGACCCCGUCGACGACCGGCGCUAUUCACAAUUUGAGUACCAGGCGCCUAGCCAGUCUCAGUCUCACUCGACUCCCCAAUCCUUGAGUCGAUCUCAGAGUCAGCGUCAGUCCAAGUCCCUGCGUGACCGACCGACCGUCAACGUUGUCCCUGAAGAGCGUCACGAUAAGGGUCACUCUGUGCGACCCUCGAGUAUUCUCGAACGCAGUAUUUCUGUCAGGGGCAAGACCAUUUCCAAUCCCAUCUCACAGCCUGCUUCACCUCGAGUCUCACACCCAGAAACCCUGAACGAGAUCGACGAAUUCUCGCAUUCCUACUCCGAGAACCCCUCACCGGUGACCGCGCAAUCCUUUGAGCCGCGCUCUGCGUCUCUGGCCUACCAACAUCAACAAACCCCCCAGCGAGGCCCCCGUCCCUCUCACCCCGCGCAUACACCGGACAACGAGCGGUCGCAACUGAAACCAGUCAAACCCCCACUUCACACCCAGCCCCUCCCCUCGCGGGCCAACGACGCGGAGCAAUACACGCGCCCCUCGCCCACCGACGUCCCAGAAUCCCCUUACCACGAGACACACCGGGGCUUUACUCCUCAGGACCCGGUAAUGACUACCCGGCCCCCAUCCCAGUUCGAGCCGCUUUCCCCCGUCCAAACCCGUAAUCCUGACGCCAUGCAGUCUCAGGGACAACCCCAGGCCCAAUUCCAGUCGGACAAACCACCUGCAGCUUCCCCGCAGCAGGAUCGCAGUCGGCCGGGCAGUGUGUCCAACAUGCCUGAGAACGGUCGGAACACACCCACACACCGCCGCGAGGAUUCCGGGGAAAUCGAUGUUCGGGCCUUGCUUUCAAAACACGAAGAACUCCAGUUAAAAUAUUCCAAAGUAAAGCGAUACUACUUCGAGAAAGAUGCGCAGGUUCAGCAUCUGCAAAACACGGUAGCCCACCAGCGGAUGGCGGUGUCGCGCACCGUUCUCGACGAUAACGAGUAUACAAACCGGUUCCAGCGACUAGACGGAGCGAUUAAAGACUUGGCAUUUUCAGUGCGGAAAGAUUGGCGUGGCAUUCCACCCUGGCUUGGUGGAAUGGUGACCGACGAGGCACUUUCCACUGGAACAAAGGAAAUGACCCCGGUCGGACGAGCGAUCAUCAGUCGGUGGCUAGUAGAAGAAGUCUUCCAGCGACACUUCCACCCAGCCUUGGAGCCCGCCUUCAGCGUGCAGCUCAAGAACGUCGAAAUGAACCUCCGUCGCCAACGCCCGACCUCAGACGAGGAGCGCGAUAACGCCUCUGCCAGGCUCUCCUACUGGCGCCGCACAACCUUGGACGGUCUGAGCGACAGUCUGGUCGGCCAGGACGCAGAAGAACACCGCGCUGAGCUCGUCGAGCAUCUCAUCGUGGAACUAGCUGCCUUUAUGGGCGCGCAGCUGCACGACCAAGCCCACCCGGGCCUCGAAGCGAGCGUGCGAAUGAUUAUCGAAAAUUCAAUUAACAUCAUUGAGAAGAUUCCCCUCGAGGCACGGGACGUCUGCGUCGAUUAUUUCCCGCCCGGCGUCUCCCUCGCAGAUCAAUAUAUGAAGGUCGAAGGCCAACUGCCAACUCUCAACCAUCCACCCCCUCUGGAGACAGAGGAGGAGUCAGAAGAGCCCAGCGCUGCCGUUGAGAGCCCUUCGCCCGCACAACAAAAGUCACGAAAGUCAAUGUUUGGAGCCCUGAUGGGCCGCAAACCCGUGGCCGUCGAUAAUCGUCCGACGCCAGGAGAAAAGGAACCGGAUAACAGCCCGCCACGCAUUCGCUACUCGGCUUUCCUGGCAGUCGAAGUGCGUGGUAAAGGGCCUGCGACAGUGUUGAUCAAGUCGCCUGUCUGGUUGAUUGAGUAA